CGCUGCCGGAGUUUCGCCGUGUGUUCUCGGCAGCCCGUUCGUUUAACUUUGCCCCCGCACCGUUCGGUUGGGUCAGAAGCGUGCCCUGGUGCGGGCUCCCCGGGUUCCCCGCGCUGCGGCUGCUUCCGCGCAACCUCGUCCUCGUCUCCCCUCCCGAACCUCUUGAAGCCAUUCUCACCGAUGACGAACCUGAACAUGGCACGUUGGGAGCUCCGGAAGGGGACCACGACCUCCUCACUUGUGGCCAGUGUCAGAUGAACUUCCCGUUGGGGGACAUUCUUAUUUUUAUUGAGCACAAACGGAAACAAUGCAAUGGCAGUCUCUGCUUAGAGAAGGCUGUGGAUAAGCCACCUUCACCCUCACCAAGUGAGCUGAAAAAAGCAUCCAAUCCCGUGGAGGUUGGCAUCCAGGUUACGCCAGAGGAUGACGAUUGUUUAUCAACGUCAUCUAGAGGAAUUUGCCCUAAACAGGAACACAUAGCAGGUAAAUUAAAGCAAGGAGAAGCUCGCCGUCUCCCGGCGUCGCGCCUGCCGUUAGCGCCGCGGGAGGAGAUUGCAGAGCCUGCCGCGCGAUGA